ACGCUCGUCGUCGGCCUUGUUUGCUGUGCCUCAGUAGCGUCUCUUUCUUGUGUAGAAAGAAAAGUGCGAUUAUUGUUCCAGGGAGACGGAACGAGAGGGCGAAGAUGGAUCCGAAAUUCACAGAGGUAUCUCAAGUGUUCGAGAGGUUCAAAGCGGCGUUUGUGCGGAAGGAUUUCGAUACUUGCACACAACUCCUCUCGCAGCUGAAGGUUUCGUUGACGGGGUUCAAGAGCUUACCUCCAUUGUUUGAAGAAACUCCAAAUGCAGUCCAGGAAUUGACGCUAGCAAGGGACAUAUAUGAGCAUGCAGUUGUUUUAAGUGUGAAGAUUGAGGACCAGGAUUCUUUUGAGAGGGACUUCUUCCAACUGAAACCCUAUUACACAGAUGCUCGCGGUCGGCUCCAAUCAUCCCCUCAGGAGUAUCCCAUUUUAGGUCUCAACCUUCUGAGGCUCCUUGUACAAAACCGAAUUGCUGAAUUCCAUACUGAGUUGGAGUUACUUUCUCCUAGUGCUUUGGAGAACCCUUGCAUCAAACAUGCCGUCGAGCUGGAGCAAUCCUUCAUGGAAGGAGCUUAUAACCGUGUGUUGAGUGCCAGACAAACUGUACCACAUGAAACAUAUGUCUACUUUAUGGACUUACUUGCAAAGACAGUGAGGGAUGAGAUAGCUGGCUGCAGCGAAAAAGCCUAUGAUUCUCUUUCAAUCAACGAUGCCAAGAAAAUGCUUCUGUUUUCUUCCGACAAAGAAUUGCUUCAAUACGUCGAAGAGGAGCACCCCGAGUGGGAGAUGAAGAAUGGGUGCGUGUUUUUCCAGAGAGCAAAAGAAUCGAUCCCUUGCAAGGAGAUCCCGUCAUUGCAGCUGAUCAAUCAGACACUCAGCUACGCGAGGGAGUUGGAGCGCAUAGUGUGAUCUGAUCCGUCCAUCCACCUUUCAUCGGGUACUUUUCUGCCAUCUUCUCUAUUAUUAUUCCUGCUUUUGACUGAAUUAAUAUUUUCAGAUUGCGAAAAAAAAAAAAAAAAAAAAAAAAAAAGUUAUCCUUUUAGAACAUCAUUUGUAUUUAAGUCAGAUUCUCUGGCCGGGGCUAUAAAAUACUACUACAUUUUUUAGGUA